AAUGCAACAAUUCGCCCAACUAAUAUUUUAGCUUAAGUAAGUUUCCAUCAGUAAAAAAAUGAAGAAGUUUUCUUUUGUGGCGGUCGUGGUGAUGGUGGCGGUGGUAGUGUUGGUUGCAAGCGAGGCGCAGAUGGCGGAGGCCGUGACAUGCAGCCCCACCGAGCUGAGCCCAUGCUUAUCUGCUAUCACGUCUGGCUCCCCACCAUCAGCCACUUGCUGCAGCAAGUUGAAGGAGCAGAAGCCCUGCCUCUGUGGCUACCUUAAGAAUCCUAAUCUGAAGCAGUACGUUAACUCUCCCAAUGCUAAGAAGGUCAUUAGUAGCUGCGGCGUUCCCUACCCUCAGUGUUAGCCGCCGCGGUGCAGCUAGCGUACCUAAAACAACCAUACAUGAUUAAGGAAGAAUAAAAUGAUAUAUAUAUCACUUAAUAAUGUUGAUCAGUUGUGCUUGUGCUUUAGAAUCUUGUUUAGUACUAUAAUGAAUAAUACCAGGGAGCUUCUGUAAUUUUGUUAUUACAGGGGCAAUUUAUAUACUUUC